AUCGCCACGAUCUAGACCGCACGUGAUCGGCCUGCUCGGAAAGCUGAGGCUGAACCUCGUCCGCUUGGCAGAUCAACAUUUUGACCUACCUUGGCGCUACCAGAUUCGAUUUCUAGAAGCUUACCUACCUACGGCGUAGAAAUCUAGGCGCCUGCUAGUCUCGAAGGGGGUUCAAUACUUUCCGAAGGAAUGUCGUUGUCUCAUUUGCGUCUCCUGCAACCUCCGACCUCAUCGAUGGGAUGUUCACUCGACGACAGCCAGCAAUCGAGAAAAAUCAGGGUAGAAGUCGGAGAUGGAACCGUCGAAUCCAAGUCAGCCUAUGAUCCUCCCGCUUAUGGAUGGCGGGGAAGGCUAUACUUUUUCGAACUUUCUCGGCGGCGAUGACGCCGAAUAUCCUGCUAUUAAUGAAGCUGCGGGCUCGGCCUCCGCAUUGAGCGAAGAUCUUGGUGUGACAAACGCACCCUCCCCGGCGGCGGCGCUCGCUACGGGUAAUUCGCUUCAGAAGCAGAGGUUGGAGCGAAGGGGUCAUACUAAGAGCCGGCGCGGUUGCUUCAAUUGCAAAAGACGCCGUAUCAAGUGUCAAGAAACUCGACCAGCAUGUGGGCAUUGUGUGAAGACGGGGCUGAAGUGUGAAUAUCCUGUAGCUCCCCUAGUCGUACAUCAACCGCAACACCAAAUCCCUCUUUUCAGCUUGCAGGAUAUGCGGUUCUUCCAGCACUUCCUGUUUACCUGCUUCCCUAACCACCCCUUAGGAAAUGAGUCCAUCUGGACCCACGAGAUCCCAUGCUUAUCACAGACUUAUGAGUAUCUUAUGCAUGCGAUACUAGGUCUCGCGGCGUCCGAUCUCAUGCAGCAGGAUCCUAGCCUAGUCACGUUCGCCAUGAUGCACCGGCUCAAGGCGAUCAAGGCCAUUAAGAAGACGUUGAACGAGGCUCCGAAAUCGAACACCUUCGAGGAAGGAAAUGCCCUGGUGGCGACCUGUUUCGCGCUAACCUUCCAAUCGGUAAUCCUCGACGACGGGAUGGCCGAAUUCAUGACCUUCGUGCGGGGCGUCGUCCUCGUCGCCAUGCAAAUGUGGGCCAAAAACGCGCGCCCGCUCUUCACCAACCUGCACCAAUCCGACCCCCAGAAAAUCCUCAAACCCAUCAUCGAAGCCAUCCCCCCGAUCCGGUCCUCCUUCGCCGCGUCGGCCUCAGCCUCCAUACGCGCGCUGGAACCGCUCUGCCGCCGCUCCCCCAUCACCACCUCUUCCUCUUCUAACGACAACGACGACGACAACGACAACGACGACCUCGAGCGGACGUACCAGCAGUACCUCCUCGGGAUCGCCGACGCGCUGCCCACAUCCUCGUACCAAGCGUACCUGAUCCUAUGCCGGCACUACGCGUGGUGGAUCGGGCUUCCGCACGAGCGGUUCCGGCGGCUGAUCGACCCGUCGUCGCAGGUCUUCGCGCUGCUGUCCGCGCACUGGGUCGCGCUGAAGCAGAUCAUGGCGCCCAUCACCGAAGCCGAGGCGAGCCUGCGCGCGCGCGAGCCGCGCGGCGGCCGCGGCGUCGACCUCGGCACCUCGCGCUGGCUCAAGCAUCUCAACCGCCAGGUCGACGCCGAACACCGCCGCUACAACGACUGGCCCGUCUGGGUCGAGGAGCAGCUUGACCGGGACAUGACGUUUUUCGGCAAGAGGACGGUUUCGUUGCUUACCUAGGUAGGUAACCUAACUAACGAAGUACCUACCUCCCUGGAGAGGGACCUAAUGCUUGGAAGAUACCUAGGGGCAGGACGAAGGGGGGAGAAGCUCGUCAACUCUACCUACUUUUGGCUAAUCGGAAAGGGUAUGAUGGUUUGGUGUCCUACGAGGGUUAUGGAAUUGGGAAAAGCAGCGUCUACGUGAAGGCGUUAUUUGGGAUUUUGCCAUCGAUACCAUCUUCGCCGCUUCGUAGAAGGACUGUAUAUACCUAGGUACUUAGGUACAUAAGAAGAAUCUGGAUGACUCGCCUAUCGCAUCUACCGCUUGAUACUAGCCUACUAGCAUAAUUCUAGAGUCACAUUCCCCCCUGCUGGCUGGGGAUGUUGGUCAGAAUGCACGAUUGUACCUAAUUAAUCCUCUGUUAUCACCGUAUGUGCCGUUCGACCCGGGCCGCGUAAUGUAGAACGGCACUGCCACCUCGCUAACACACAUUCAUUAAAC